CCAGGGCGAAGCAAAAAAGACGGUUUGGAAUCCCUCGGGGGUGGAGCCGGAGGCGGCGGUGGCGGUGGCGGCGGCGGAGGGGGACUUGGUGGAGGGGGUGGACACAGUAGGAAGAAGAAAAAGAAGAAGCAGAAGGGAAUCCUCCACACAAAAGUUCCGGCCAUUUUGCUAGUACCAUUGUUGAUCCAAAUGUUAGUGGUACCGCCGACGCUCUUCAUGUUAGGAUGGUCGGCGAUACAGGCGCUGCUGUCGGGGAAGCUGGCGCUGCUGCUGACCAUCGCGCGCUGGCUGCUCCUGCGCGCCUCGCGCUCCGACCACGACGUCUACAACGAGGGGCUGGCGUCCGAGCACUACGGCUACGGCGGCGGCGGGCCCGACUCCCUCGGCUCCGAGUUCGGCUCCUGGGUCAACGGCUGGUAGCCCCCGGCGCCCCGCACCAGUGAAUGUCGCAAGCCCUUCUCAUCUGAGCCGUCCUACAUCCAGUCGGCGCCGACAACUGAUGUCUGCCAAGCGCUUAGUCUUCAUCCCAUCACAUCGGUGAUCAACCGCCGUUCCAGACAUUUGUGGAAAACUAACGGUGUUGAGUCCGUUUCUCAAGUGUAAUAAACUGUCACGUGUGUCCGACAUACAGAAGAACAGUGAAUAGGUUAGCUCUCACGGCGUUUUCUGAUGUGAGGGACUCGACAGAAGAAUAUCAUCCACAAAUUGUACACAUAACAAAGUGCUCGCUCACGUGAAAUGUUACGAGUUUCUAGUAAAACAUGUCAUUGUGAAGCGAGAAAAGGAAUGAACCACUUAGUGAAAGUGAGCUAUCACAGACGUUCCAUAGAGACAAAUGUUGCGAACGCGUUUAUGAACGCGUUUUCAGACUGCCGUUCGCCUUCAAAAUGACGUGAAUGAUGAUCUUGACUAUGACCACGGGAAGAAACUGGUCAGUGAAAAUAUUUUUCACCGGAUAAGAUGAAGGGGGUCAUAAACACCAAUUAUAGUUCUUAUACUUUGAAAAUAGACGUUUGUAGUUAUGGUACCAGAUUUAAGAGAUGAGACAAUUUGAUAAUUCCCAAAGAGUGCACAUAAUUAAGAAUAGCUCUCAGGUUCAAUUAGACACGUCCGAAUAAUAUAAAAUAUAAAAGUAUACGACAACAGAGUACAGUUUGCAGUUGUAGUUUCUGCAGAGCUGCACAGUGAACUUGAUACAAAACGGAAUAAAUAUGAUAAAGGUUGUAUUACGAAAUUUGUAACAGUGGUUUUUAAAUGAAAUUCGUUCACUUUAAACAAGAGGAAGAUUUGCAUUGUGUAAGCACGUUUAUUGUUAUUCGAGAUAAAAUAGUUCAUCAAUAUUAUUAAAUGAUUAUCAUUUCAUUUUCGAAUGAUGGAGGUGGAGGUACACCUCUACUCUCCGGGAGAUAUUUUGCAAUACGCUUACGGGAUUGCUGGUUGGGUUACUGGCUGUUAACGUGCCAGAGAACACAAAAUAAUCAAACGAGAUCCCAGUUUUACCCGUCCAUGUUUGCGCGUCUCGUGUUCAACAGCAACCCGACGUCACUUACAGAGUCUUUUUUGCCCGACCGGUUACCCCAUCUCGUGCUCUGAGCUCAGUGGCUGACUACCUCGCCCUCCCCCUCAAACCCUUCCAUCUGUUGCUCAUCUUUAAAAAAUAUAUAUUUUGUAUGUACUGACAAAUACAGUAAAAAUUGUGGGUGCGAGGGGGAGGGGUUGGAGGAUAUAAACUGCGCACAUUUUUUUAGCUUCCAGAUCUUUACUCUAUUUUACUGAAGAUAGUUGAAUUUCGAAUAAAGAUAGCAAUAAGCAUUUAAUAAAUUAAUUUCAAAAAUAUUGUUUUGUGCGGUCUGAGCGAGCUCAGCCUAUCCUGUAGGUGAUCGGACCCGGAAUAGGGUUACGUGCAUAGAUAUUCCGUAACCGGGCAUUUAGGAACUUCUGUCUCAAAGGCAAUCAGAACCUAAUAAUCUUGUUUGUUGUAGUAUCAAUUUCCGAUAUUUGUUUGCUCGGAGGGGCAGAACGAAACGGGCAACAUUGCCACGUACGCGGACAUGUAUGAAACCCUUGGAGAAAAGGAAAGCGUUCCUUCUUCGUUGCUAUCAUAACCAUGGCGUUGGAUAUAUGACACUUCGAAAUUAUUGAAGAUACUCGAUAAGGGAUAAUAGAAGGGGGGAUCGUAAUAAAUGAAAUUGUAUCACCUAGAUGACUGCGCGAAUCCUGUUGAUUAUACCAGUAUACAACAUGAACGGGAAUAGAACACCCCAUACAUAACAUUUAUUCCUUCAGGAAUACCAAAUACCUUUACCUAAAUGUCCUCGCACAAAGUAACAGUGUCCAAUAUAAUCAGAGAAAAUGAGAUUCUUUUCGCUUAUUGACACGCUUUGAUAAGUUAUUCCAAGUUUUACAUCCAACCCAGCAGAUAUUAUUAGAGACCAGAUGCUAGACAAACUGCUUGGAAUUUAUUAAUAAUGUAUCACAAAAUAAUAUAAUGCAAGUUCAAAUCAAGGCAUUAGUGAUGUUCACAGCAAAUCCAAUGUUGCUUAAAUCUGCAUAUUUUCGUAAGUUAUGCCUCUGCAUGCAUAGUUACAUCAAUUGCGGAAUUAACUUUCUUUCCUUCAAGGUUUUCUUUUCCUUUUAAAGCAUAUCAAAGAUAUUCUUAUAUUAUUAAAAAGGUAUUUUGAGAUACUUCGUGGUGGUAAAUUAUUUCACACAUGUCUUAAAUUUGGGUUAUAUUUAUGUUAUUCAGAAAAUGUCAUAGAAUCUAUACAUUCCAGAAGUAGUUAUAUAUUUCCUUCCUACAUUCGAAGCAAGAAACUGGCACAUAUUUAUCCCUCGUUAUCUGGCUGAACCUCAUUUGAUUAGGACAAGAGCUGUUGAACAUGUUUGUCGAGCAUUUAUUCAAAGUUGUGUUGCGUGCUUCAUGCGUGAAAUUGAACAAUGAUGAUUUUCCAUAUUUUAAAAGUGCAAGAAGCCGGGUUUACACCCACAAACUCACAUUUCGGAAGUUCGGGUGCUGGUUCUCAAAUCAUUGAGUUGGCAGACUUUUCGCAGUGGCGGAUCGAGAUUUGAAGGUAUGGAGAUACCCCCAAAUCCAAUUGUUUUGUGUACUUUACACAAUUGAUUCAAAACAAUUACCACAUUUUUCACAUCAGAUUGCAAAAUUCCAUUACGAAUAUACAUUUUUUUUAUUUCAAACCAACCAGUUUUUAAUUUUUUUAAUUAAAAAAAUAUUAGAGUGGUAAGAAUUUAAACUUUCCAUUUAUCCCUGAAAUAUUUUCUGGAUCUUUCUUUGAAUUUCAAAGAAACGAAGUAAUUUUUAAUGAUUAAUUACCAAGAAACGAAUACCAAUAAUAUUAUAUACGAUUUCACCUUAAAUAUUUUCAAUUAAUUUGGUACUUUCCAUUGUAUGAAGAUAGAAUUCUGUUAUGUGACAACAUCAUAUGUAAAUUUGGACACAAUCGAAAAAUUAUCAAGUAGGAAAAUAAUUCUUCAUUAGUUAUGCUACGCAAACGCUUUGUGACUACUCAAAAAUACUUGAAUUAUAAGACUUUAUUGAAUUAAUGCUAUUCAAUGAUAACAUAUUACCCGCGUGCAUGAAGGUUGUUUUUCUAUUACAAUUAGGAAUAAUUCUGUAAAUGAACAAUAAAACAAAAAUCAAACAUUCCCUGACUACAAGCUUUUAAUUGCAAACAUCUUCAACAAUACGGAUACGUGUCAAAAUUACAUGCAAUUUGGUUACUACCAGAUAAAUAAAAUACAAAUAUUUUUAGUGGAAUAGUAUCACUAAACCAAAAACAAAUUCAUAAUAUAAACAUGAAAUGUAAUAUUGUUCACAAAACCCAUUCAGUACUGAGAAACUGAAAACAAUUGCAGACGUUUGUAUAAAUGUAACCGAUGAUUCAAUUACUUAGGUAUGAAAUCUCCAACGAAUUUCAUUAUAUAAUUAGCAUUAUAUUUAUAUUUGUUGUUUUGUGUUUGUUGUUUGCUGUGUUUGUAAUUGUUCUGUUUCAAUUGAAUGUACACAGUGCAGAAAUGUUAUCACAAUUGAAGAAUAUGUACUUGUAAUUAUUUAUUUAUAUUAUUUAAUUUAUUUAUUUAUUUGCUAAAUAAAAGUUGUUUAAAAUA